UUAUUUUGAGAUUUUUUUUGUAACUUCUAUGAUUCCAAACCUUACUAAACAACUUUCGCUCAAUCGAAUAAAAUCACGAACACCUAAACCUAUCAAUAAUGAAUCCAUGUAUUUUAUAGCCUGUCGUAUUUUUUUAUCCAUGCAUUAAUUACAUAUUAAAGUAAGUUAGUGUUAUGUCGUGAUGGUUACCAUGACUGAACAUAAAAACAUUCCAAGAGCAUUUCAGAGCACGCUCAGACAGUUAACGCAGUGGCCUGACCGUCCCCAGAGGCAGACUAAGGGAAAAUAUAACAAAGCAAGAAAUAUUGUCUAUUUACACUCUUUUUCAAAAUAAAACAGGUCACUAUGUUCCCUCAGAUUCUGGUUAUUAAUCCGGUAUUUUUAUACUAUCUUCUAAUUGCGCAGCAAAUAUCCCAGGCUUCAGUACGAGAAAUUCCAUUGGAUCUUGAGUUAUCCAGACCCAUAGUGCAUACUCCAGUAGGCAGCUAUCGGGGGCUUCGGGCCCAGGAUGGGAAUUACUCUAAGUUCCUGGGUAUCCCGUAUGCGAAAGUUGAUCCGGACAACGUUUUUGGUUCUCCUAUUCCGCACAAAAUUGAAGGGAUAUUUGAAGCAGUCGACGAUACAUCAAGGUGUCCUCAACAAAGAAAAAAAAUAUUUGCUGGGACACUGGACUGCCUUCACGUCAACAUUAACGUACCGAAUAGUGCCAGUUUUGAUAAUCCCUUGCCUGUCCUGAUCCAAAUUUUUGGGGGAAAAUUUUAUAUCGGAUCUGCACAUCAACUUCAAGUCAUCGGCAUAAAGAAGGCAUCUAGCGAAACUCGGAACGGAUGCCAGGUCAUUAAUCAUUAUACCGACCACUAUUCUAUGGACCACGUUUCAUAG